CAGAGUGGCAUAAUCCAAGUAUUUCUCAAAAUGGCGGCGCCGAAUACGAAACGCAUCGUGUACGUUGGUGGCCUUGCUGAGGAGGUCGAUGAAAAAGUCCUCCAUGCAGCUUUCAUCCCGUUUGGAGACCUGGUGGACAUCAACAUCCCUCUGGACUAUGAGACCCAGAAGCACAGAGGGUUUGCUUUUGUGGAGUUUGAAAGUGCAGAGGAUGCUGCAGCUGCCAUAGACAAUAUGCAUGAAUCUGAGCUGUUUGGAAGAACCAUCAGAUGUAACCUGGCCAAGCCCAUGAAACUGAAGGAAGGGUCCAUGAAAGCAGUUUGGUCUGAUGAUGCCUGGCUGAAGAAGUUUGCAGGGAAGACCCUGGACGAGGGGGAGACAGAGGGGGCGGGGACGUCAUCAUCAUCUGAGCCUGGGGAGAAGAGACCUGCAGAGGAGUCUGGACAGAUGGCUGAGCCAGCAACCAAGAGGGCAAAGAGUAACCCUCAGGUCUUCAUGGAUAUCAAGAUCGGGAGUCGGCAGGCUGGCAGGAUAGUCAUUCUUCUUAGAGCUGAUAUUGUACCAAAAACUGCAGAGAACUUCAGGUGCCUUUGCUCCCAUGAAAAAGGCUUUGGAUACAAGGGGAGCAUAUUCCACAGGGUUAUCCCACAGUUUAUGAACCAAGGUGGUGACUUCACCAACCACAAUGGGACGGGAGGGAAGUCCAUCUAUGGGGGGAAGUUUGAGGAUGAGAACUUUGAACUCAAGCACACAGGGCCAGGUAUUCUGUCCAUGGCCAACUCUGGGCCCAACUCUAACGGCUCCCAGUUCUUCAUGACAACUGCUCCAACGCCCUGGUUAGAUGGGAAGCAUGUGGUCUUCGGACAGGUAAUAGAGGGCAUUGAUGUGGUCAGAAAAAUCGAGAAAAUUGGAACCAAAUCUGGAAAACCCACAGAAAGGGUGGUCAUCACUAACUGUGGAGAACUUGUCUAGAAUAUCGACAAUACAGUACUCAUCCUUAACUUUGAAAUAUGGAACAUUCUUAAGGAACCUGUUGUCAGCAUGAGCUUGCAAGACCUUGAACUUUUGUAGAAUAUGCUAAGAAUAGUCAUAGAGAGAUAUACUCAUAGAAUGAAAGACAGAUCUGGAAAAAUCGUAUUUUUGUUUGUCAUUCCCAGUCAUCUUUCCAGUAACAGUGGAGUUUUUUAUUCUAAAUGUUUCCAUAAACAACCAUUAUCCAGAUCCCCUUCCAGUUGGAAUUCUGCAAAUUUUGAAUGUUCACAGUGGUUUUAUUUUCAUGGUGUUCUUCAUACUGCCAUGAAACUGAGCUGGGUUUUAAAACCAACAUGUGCUUCCAUGCACACCCUUCCUGCGGUAUGGUAUAAUUAGAACACUGAUAGACGGUAUCCUGUACCCAUUAUGUUUGUUUAUUUACCAUUUCGUACGACAGGGCAACCAGUCUGCCCAUCUAUUUAUGGAGAGUUAGUGUGAACUUUGUAAGUCCACGUGGCAUGCUGAUUCAGAAGGUCUUCUAUGCCUAUCUACUGGUUACUGAGCAUGUAAGGUUUUUUGUAUCCUGAACACCUUAUUGUAAGGGUGCUUCAGUGCAUUAAUGUGGUAUGGAUAUAAUGACGGUUAUCACAAUGAAACUACUUUUUUACAAAUAAGAAAGCACUAUUUUUUAGGAUUGUUGGCAAUGUGUAAUUGAGUGAUACAGGAUUUUGUAACACAAUCAGUGAUGUUAUCAGUAUGUUGUUGAACUCUAAAAUGAAAUACAUGAAAAUAUGCCUUUAAA